AUGGAGACUGCAGACGUCUCUCCACAGUACAAAGCGACCUCACUCUCGGCUCCAUCACCAACCGCAUCCCACAUCGCGUGCCUCACCGGCGCCCGCCUGCAGAUCCGCUCCCUCGCUACCUUCGAGCUCGUUCGCAAUAUACCCCUCCCCCAAUCACAUGAUGUGCGCCGGUCGCAGAUAGCAUGGUCUCCGCCGUCCGUAUCCCCGAGCGGCGCUGCCACGCCGCCUCGACGCUCCUCUGUGCUUCCACAGCGAUCGCACCGCAUCCUCGUAGCGGACGAUGAUACUACACGCGUCUUCGAUUUACGAGAUGACAAAUGGAACGCUAUCAUCAGCAACGGGUCUGGCGGCAUGGGUAAGAAUGUGACUGUGGAGUUUGGGCGAGACGAGGACGAAGUACUGGUCUGGAGUGACUUUGCGAGCCGGGUCAUGGUGUGGUGCCUGAAGACCGGACGCACGGUAGAUAUUCGAGAUCCGAAGUUCAGUGGGAAAGAUAGUAGAGGAUGGGGGUAUAGGCCAUGUAGCGAAGAGAAGGGUGUCAGCGGUAGAGGGAGCGUGCUCGCGCUGUUGUGCCGUAGCCCGGGCGUGGACAUGCUCAUGCUUCUUGCACCUAAGACGUAUGAUGUGAUAAAGAGGGUGGAGCUGGCGACGCAGGAUGCACAAGGGGUACGGUGGAGCUCUGAUGGGAGAUGGCUUGCGGUUUGGGACGCGGCAAGUGUUGGAUACAAUUUGUGCAUAUACACGGCGGAUGGACAUCUUUACCGUACCAUAUCGCGCGAGAUUCCGGAUGAACUGAGCGAAUGGGGAAUCGAAGGCCUGGGGAUCAAGACAUUAGAGUGGGUUCCUGGGAAUGAUUGGCUGGCCGUUGGUGGGUGGGAUCGUCGAGUGCGGAUACUGUCCACGAAGACGUUCUCUCCGGUUGUGUAUCUGGAUCAUACGGCACAGAUAUGUGUUCCACGCGCAUCGGUAUACACGGAGCAAGUUGACGCACGAGGGUUCAGGAGUUUCGAACUUGCUCAGCAACCUGUUACACCGCCGAAGGCGCCUGUGGAGAAGAACGACACCGGACUUAUGAAGCAGGGCAUCAGUACCAUGGCCUUCAACAAAGACGGCACACUUUGCGCAACGCGAGACGACUCCACACCGACAACAGUGUGGAUAUGGGAUUUACGCAGUCUUCAACCGAUGACGAUUCUCAUACUACACUCCCCUAUUAAGGCGCUGCAAUGGCACCCACACUAUCCGUCACAUCUCCUCAUUCAGUCCGUGCACGAUUCACCCACGCUGUACCUCAACACUGCACAGCCUCUUUCUGGCUCAACAUCCUCUUCCGACUUGACGACUGUUCCACCAACUAUCCUCUCACUCGCAGAUAACAUGACCAAACCUGCCGGGUCCGCACCGGUGAGAUGGACUACAAGAUGGCUCAAUACAGAGCCAGAUAGGAAGCCCGCGAUGGUAGUCGGGCACCAGCAAGGCUACAUCCUCGUCUGGCCCGAGGGCAAAGACCAAAUCCUGCGAUUCGAGGGGCAAGACGACGACGAGAGCGACGACAGUUUGUACGACAUACUGACGGGACGAACGCCCGUGCCUCCGCUGCGGGACAGUGCGCGGAGGAUUAGCCACGGUAGCGAAGACGCGGGAGAGGAUGUAUACGACAUCGGGGCGCAGUCUGUGCAAGGCCUUGACAGCACGAGCAGCUUUGACGAUACGUUUCGGGAGAAGAGAGAAGCGAGGAGUCGGGGGAGGAGCGUGUUUGAUGAGAGUGGGCUGGAUGAGAUGUUCUGA